AUGACCACAGCACCACGUUCAGGUGCUUCAGCGGCGCCUUGGCCACUAGCUCUACUCUUCACGCAAUCUCCAAUUCUUUGUUGCACGUUGAGCCGCUCCUUAUUCAUCUCCGGCGUGGUCAUGUCCGCGCCCACCUCUUUUGGCAACUCUGUGGCCACCAGCGCGGCCUUUCCGCAGCUACUGGAGCGGCUCCUUGGUCACCAGCUCUCCUUCUUCAGCUUGAGCAGCUCUAGGUUUACAGCAGACACGACUUUGGCCUGCAAUCGCCGCCUUCCACAGGAUGAGAAGCUUCCCAUAGCACGUUCGUGGUCACGCACACCUCCUUCUGCACUCGACAAGCUUCAGAUUCUCCACAGGCGCGACCUUCUACAGCUCGAACAGCUUCUUGUUUAUCACAAACGCGGCCGGCGCCACUCCCAACUUCUUCUCCAGCUUGAGCGGCUUCUGGCUCACCGCAUGCGCGACCUUGACCACGCGCACCUUCUUUUGUAG